CGCCCCCUUGCGGUGGGAGGUGAGCCUGGAGGACCAAUGGGACCCAUAGGGAUAGAGCGGCUGUGGGAGGAGCGGUUCUGGCGCCCCCUGCGGGUUGGGAGGACCUCUCUAAGGACCAAUGGAGCUCGCCUGCGAUUGGUCACUCGUUGGCUCCUCCCCCAGGUGGGCGGAGUCCCGUAUGACACCCAACCCCCAUCUGGAGCCCAACCCCCACCCGGAGGUGGCUGCUGGCUGCAGGAGCUGAAGGAGACCCCCGGGGCCCCCCCACGUGAUGCUGCCUGUGGGAGACCCACAGCUGUGGGGCAGGCUGGGCUGUGCCGCGCUCACUACGCCGAAUACCUGGUGCGGCUGAUCAACGAGCGCGGUUUGGACCCGGCGACGCUGUACGGAGCGGCCGAACUUCGAGCGGCGGCUGAGCGCCACCUGCCGGCCGGGAGGCCGCCGCAAGGCGACAACGAAAACGACGCGGAGUACGCACUGCGCCUGCGCGAACUCCUAGCGCGGGAAGCGCCCGUGGAGCCCCGCCCAUCGCGUCCAAGCCCCGCCCCUUAAAAAAAAA